AUGGGUAUUUACACGACUGUAUGCGAUUCGGAGAUUAAGUGCAAGAGGAAUCACAAGAUGUUUUCGAGACUGAUCAAUGGGUGUCUUGGGCUUCAAAUUGUCGUUGCGGCAGCGCUCACAGCCUUGGGUGCAGCGAAUGGAAGUCGCAGUGCGGUCACAGUCUUCGGCGCCAUCAACACCAUCAUCGCCGGCUUCCUCACCUACCUCAAAGGCUCCGGCCUCCCCGGGCGGCUCAAAUUCUUCCAACACGAAUGGACCAAAGUCCGAGAAUACAUCGAACAGCGUGAGCGAGACUUCAUGCUGGACAGCCACGGCCUGAACCCGUAUGAGGAAGUCGACAAAGUCCGGCAGAUGUACGAGAUCGUCAAAGCGGAUAUCGAAAGCAAUCGACCGGAUCGGUUCGUCAGUGUCAGUGCUAUGGGCAAGAUGCCCAUCACGCAGAAUCCUGGCCCGUCGCUGGCGAGACCGCAGCCGUCGUUUAGCACGGAGUCGUUCCGGAAGGCGUGGUCGGAGAAGGAGAAGGAGGCUGGUAUGACUGUGAAUAAAGCCCAGGGAACGGCGGCGAACCUCUUCUCCAAUGUGACGCAUCUUAAAGACGUGCUUGAGGACAAGGUGAAAGAAAUCGGACACAUGGAGAAAGAAAUGGAGACGAAGGGGCAUCAGAUGGUCGAUGAGAAGAAACAUGGCAUGUUCGGGCAAAUUCAAUCUGCGGUUAAGGAGGUUGCACAUCUUGGCAAGGAGAUUGAGGCGAAAGCUAAGGCGGCUGCUACGGAGAAAGAAAUGGAAGUGGAGCAGGGUAUGUCGAGGGCAGCGGAGGGAGUGAGGUCUACGGCCGCACAGCAGAGGGAUGGAUUCAACUCUGCGGUGGCGGAACGGCGGCACAAUGCCGAAGAGGCAUACAACGGUGCUAGAGCUGGGUUUGCACAACAGAGAGAUCACCUAAACUCCGCCGCAGCAGAAAGACGACAAGACGUCGAAGACGCCUACAACCGGGGCACAGAGGCCGCCAGAGCUGGCGUGAGCCAAGGGAGAGACAACUUCAACUCCGCAGUAUCCGAUCGACGCCACGACGCGGAAGACGCCCUUAACACCGCCAGGGAUGGCGUUGCCCAACAAAGAGAUAAUUUCAAUUCCGCCGUCACCGACAGACGACAUGAUGCCGAAGAUGCUAUCAACAGAGGCGCCGACGCCGCCAGAGCCGAAGUCGCCCACCAGCGAGACAACGCCGAUACCGCACUCUCCCAUGCCCAGGACGAGAUGGCGCGGACUUCGGAGGCUGCGAGGGCGGCUCUUCAGCAGCAGAGGAAUAGUCUGAAUGCUGCGUUGGUGGAGGGUUGGGGGAGGGUGUAG